AUGUCACCCCAUGAAUCAGAGAAAACGGCAGACGAGACUGUGGAGACGAAGGAAAAACCAGCUUUUGGGAACCUAUGGAGAGUCCUGUCCUAUGGAAGCCGGCUUGACCAUGCCUUAAUGGGCGUUGCGGGACUGUGUGCAGCAGGAACCGGCAUUGCGUUGCCACUCAUGAAUAUUGUGUUUGGGAAGUUGGUCAGUGAUUUCAACGGCUUCUUUAUGCCCGACUCUCGUAUUACAAAGGAAAGAUUCCUUCAAAGCGUUGAUCGAAAUGUGUUAUACAUUGUCUACCUAUUUAUUGGUAAAUUUUUUUUAGGCUAUAUAUCUCUGUUUUGUAUUCGCAUGGCCGGACUCCGCAUUUCAGCCAGAUUGCGGCUAGCAUAUGUCUCUGCGCUAUUCACACAACGUAUUGCUUUUAUUGACCAACUUCCACCUGGAAAGCCGACGACUACUAUCACAACAUCUGCGAACCUCAUCCAAGCCGGGAUCGGUGAUAAAUUGGCAACACUAGUUCAGUCUUUAAGCCUCGUUGUUGCAGCAUACGCGGUAGCCUUUCGCUAUUCUUGGUCUUUGACUCUGGUUUCAAGCUCAGCCUUGGUAUUUCUGGUAGCUGUCUUUAGUAUAACAGUGCCUUUAUUCCUUCGCCUUCAAAAAAAGGUUGAUUUUGCGGAUGAGAAGGCAUCCUCUAUUGCUAGCGAAGCCAUUUCCUCGAUGCGAACUGUUGUCUCAUGCAGCGCCGAACGCCGCCUAGGAGUAAAGUAUGCCAAAUGGAUUGCAGAAUCAAAGAAGCGGGGUUUACGGAUGUCUCCUUUGAUGGGAAUCCAAUUGAGCCCCGGCAAUUUUGCUAUGUAUUGCAAUUUUGCUUUGACGUUCUGGUUUGGAGUAAGGCAGUACUCAAGUGGCAAGGUGAAAGAUGUUGGUGACGUUAUAAUUGUGAUAUUUUCGGUCCUGAUCGUUGUGGCGGCCAUGUCCAUGAUAGCAUCACCAAUGAUCGCAAUAUCUAAAGCUGCUGGUGCAUCUUCCUCAUUUUUCGAAGUUCUUGAUGCCCCUGUCCCGGACUCCUCGGGCUUGAAGGCGCCGGAUGUAUCCCCAACGGGUGACAUUGAGCUUAAAAAUGUAACUUUCUCAUACCCCAGUCGGCCAAACGUGAAUGUUUUAAAGAAUCUAAGUAUUGAGAUUCCUGGGUCGAAAAUUACCGCCCUGGUCGGCCCUUCUGGAUGUGGUAAAAGUACGAUUGUUGCUCUUCUGGAGCGCUGGUAUCAGGUCGAGGACUCUGAAACACUUGUUGGUAGUAACAAACCACUAUUCAACGAGAAGGAGGGUUGCUCGAAAACCGUACCACCAACAGCACAUACAGGAUCUAUUACAAUUGGCGCUACGAGUUUACUAAACGUGGAUCUUAAAUGGUGGCGAUCUCAAAUUGGCCUUGUGCAACAAGAGCCAUUUUGUUUCAACGCCUCCAUCUACAAGAAUGUUUCAUAUGGACUAGUUGGAUCGGCGUGGGAAAAUGAAGAUGAAGUCAUGAAAAGAAAGCUUGUCAAAGAGGCAUGCCAGGAAGCCUUUGCUCACGAAUUCAUCGACAGGCUUCCUCAGGGAUACGAUACUAUUGUUGGGGAAAGUGGAAUCAAGCUCAGCGGUGGCCAACGACAAAGGCUUGCGAUCGCAAGAAGCAUUAUCAAAAAGCCGUCCAUAUUAAUCCUCGACGAGGCAACGAGCUCCAUCGACGUACGUAGUGAACGCAUUGUACAAGAAGCACUAGAUCGUGUUUCGCGAAAUCGAACAACCAUAGUCAUCGCACACCGGCUCUCGACCAUCAAAAAAGCGGAUAAAAUCAUUCUCUUAAAAAAUGGGGAGGCAAAGGAAGAGGGCACACACGAAUACUUGCUCGCCAAACAUGGGUUAUACUACGAACUUGUACAAAACCAGCAACUUGCAGUGGAAGAUUGCUCGAAAGCACCACUCAACUUUCUCCAAGACGUGAUCAAUGUCCCACAGGAAAACAGACAUGAGCAAGAAGAGCCCAAAUCGCCAGCGACAGGGGUGAAUGAGGUAUUAUCUAGACCCAGGCCACUUAUCAACUCUGUGGGUCUAUUUCUCUGGGAGCAACGCACGUUUUGGUGGCUAUAUAUGAUGGUGAUCGUGGGCGCCAUGGGAUGUGGCGCCGCGUACUCUGUACAAAGUUUUAUUUUUGCACAUCUUGUUCAGACUUUCCAGCUGUCAGGUACCGAGCUCCUUGAGCGUGCAAACUUUUGGGCGCUCAUGUUUUUUGUGCUCGCUCUUGGUGUUUUACUCUUCUACUUUAUUCUGGGUUUCUCAUCGAUGUCAAUAGCGACUCACAUUGUCACAACAUAUCGACAACAAUAUUUUGAAAGUAUGAUCCAAAAACCGAUUCCUUUUUUUGACUUGGAAGAAAAUUCUUCUGGAUCACUAACGGGGCGACUUUCCUCCGAUCCAACACAACUCCAAGAGCUCCUAGGCCCCUACAUGGCUUUCCCGCUCAUAUCGCUGUUUAAUAUUUUUGGGUGCAUUGCUAUAUCGUUUGCAUUUGGGUGGAAGCUUACACUCGUCACGGUGUUCUCAGCAUUCCCGGUGAUUUUUCUGGCAAUGUUUGUGAGAGUUAGAUAUGAAGUUCGAUUUGAAAAGCUCAAUGCAGCUGUCUUUGCGGAGAGCUCAAAGUUUGCUUCAGAAGCUAUAGGAGCGUUUCGAACUGUUACAUCACUAACUCUUGAAGACCUGAUCGCUCAUAACUACUCGGAACUGCUUGGCGACCAUGUAAAGGCAGCAUUUAUGAAAUCACGACAUGGAUGUUUGAUAUUUGCGGCGUCGGAUAGCUUAGAUCUUGCCUGCAUGGCACUAUGCUUUUGGUACGGAGGGCAGCUACUGGGAAAUGGCGAAUAUGGUAUUAUUCAGUUUUUUGUUGUAUAUGUCGCUAUUAUCUUGGGCGGUCAAGCUUCGGGGCAAUUUGCUAGCAUCUCCCCAAAUAUGGCUCAGGCAUCGGCUGCGGCGGACAGGAUAAUCAGUUUGAGGCCUGCUGAUGGGGGCCAUGGGUCGCCAGAACAUACGUUAGAUGCUGACGGCGGAGUAAAAAUUGAGUUUGAAUCUGUGUCCUUCAGAUAUCCGACUCGCGAUAUCCCAGUGUUUGAUAAUCUAAGCUUUAUUGUGGAAAAGGGCCAAUUUGUGGCAUUUGUCGGUCCUUCAGGCUGUGGAAAGACAUCGAUUAUUUCCAUACUGGAAAGGUUUUAUAAUUAUCAGGCCGGCAACGUAUAUAUCAACGGUACAGAGCUACAGUCCUUGGAAAUAGACUGUUACCGAAGCGCUGUAGGCCUGGUUUCUCAAGAGCCAAUUAUGUACCAGGGCUCCAUCCGCGAUAAUAUUCAACUUGGCGUCGAUGAAUCCAAAGUAGGUGAAGAGGAACUCUACCAAGCAUGCCGGGAUGCAGAGAUCCAUGAUUAUAUCAUGUCACUGCCAGAUGGAUACGGCACAGAGGUAGGCAAUCGCGGUGUCUCACUUUCAGGGGGACAAAAGCAACGGAUGUGUAUUGCAAGGGCCCUUUUGCGACGACCAAGCCUGCUCCUUCUUGAUGAAGCUACAUCUAGCCUUGAUUCCGAAUCAGAGAAGCUCGUUCAGGCGGCAAUUGAGCGAACGGCACAGGGAAGAACGGUUAUUGUUGUAGCGCACCGACUUGCAACCGUGCAAAAUGCAGAUAUUAUAUUUGUUUUUGGUGAAUUGGAUGCUGAACAGCAAAGUGGGCCAAAAAUUAUUGAGUAUGGUAACCACCAGUCCUUGCUGCAGAGAAAGGGGGUAUACUUUGACAUGUGUCAAUCACAAGCACUUGAUCAAUAA